UUUCCAAAUUCCAACUAGACAAACUGGUUUACAAGAACAACCAUUUUUGAGAGAAACUUCUUUAAACCCUUUGGUCAUGUUGUAUAUGUAGUAAAAAGAUACCAAAUUCGAUUAUCCUUUUUUAUUCCUUCUGAAAAUUCUAUAAAGUUGCAUCUUUUUCCUGUUUAGACAACUAAUAAAUGUCGUUUAAGAACAUGAUUGGGUGAUAAAACCGUUUUAAUUGUAUUUUAAUUUCAUUUUGAUUCUUUCAAUGCACACAACACAGCACAAUUCUUGUAGAGAGAGAAAGAGGUUCCUCUAUUUGACUCGUACCCCUUUUUAAGUUUCCAACUCAUUGCUUAGCUUUCAACUCCCACCCAAAAUCAUCCAAACCUGAAACCCUUCUCCUUUACCUACCUGAAAUCCCACGAUUGACGAACAAUCGGCAACAAAAUGAUGGGGUUUUUGAAAGAUGAGAAGAGUAAAAGAGUAUUGAGAGGAAUCAGAACGGUGUUCUUCUUGAUAACCAUGAUUAUAUCUUUCCUCAUCUUCUCUGCGCCGAUACUUGUUGCCGUCGCCGACGUUCUCCUCCCAACUGCUCUGUUCUCAGCUUCACUUUCAUCUCCGUCAGACGAUCCUUCCUUCCUCCAAACGCUAUCAUCUCAUUUGAGCAAUUACGAUUUUCGUUACUCGCUUAUCGAUAUCCCUCUCAUCUCGAUAAUCAGAUCCGGAAUCAUUUUAUGUGUAUACGGAUUGUGCGACGGACAUGGACUAUCCACGACCACGGGUCCAUACUUGGGAAUAACGACGGUUUGUUCAGUAGCGUCGUUGUUUUUUGUGUCAUUAAAGGCGUCGUACGUGUUCGGCGGCGGAAGUGGUGGUUGUGGAGCGACGGAGGUGGCGUUGUUUGUUUGUUCGCCGGCGUUGGCGAUUGGUCACAUCGUGGUGGCAUAUCGGACUAGUUGUAGAGAGCGACGGAAGCUUCUUGUUUACAAAAUUGAUAUCGAAGCUGUAUCAACAUUCACAUUCAAAAAUGGGUUUCAAAGGUACUCCAAGAUUCUUCACGAUGCAAGAGUCAAAGUCAAACUUCAAAACUAAAACGAAAACCACAACAACACUAACACAUUAUCAACUUGUACAAUAUGCAUCAUCAACUUGUACUAUGGUUACGCCAGUUUUGCAGAUACAAGUUACAGAUACUCCUAAGGAGGAAUGUAGCUUGAUGAGAGAUAUUUGAGAAUGAUUUUCGGAAUGUAUGUAAAGAUUGUGAGGUUAUUGGGAAUUUUUUUUUAUUAUAGAAGGAAUAGGGGGUACUAGUAUCGGGUUUGAUCAGUCUCCCAUAAAAAAAAAUCAUGUAUAUAAUUUUUGUUUCAUGUUUGUAAUUGGAUUAGUAGUGGUGGUGUGGUUCAUAUUGAGUGGUUUUGAAAUCUUGUUUUCGUAUAAAUUAGUUGGUUGUGGGCG